AUGCCUCUUCCUUCCCAAAACGCACCUACAGAAAUAAAUAGUGUCAAGCCGCCUUUUGUACCUCCAAGUGGCAGAGACCUAAUAUUGAGAUCCAGGGAUGGCACCAACUUCCUAGUACAUUCAACAAUCCUUAAAUUCACGUCGCCGGUGUUUGAAGACAUGAUAGUCUCUUGUACUACAAUGAACACAAUCAAGCUUCCCAAGACUGCAAACAAAAUUUCAUACCUACUACGGUUCAUCUACCCCAAUAAGUUGCCACUCAUGAUUGGCCCUGAUAUGAUCGCCAGUUGCCUGGCAGUAGUUCAAAAGUAUAGUGUGGGAGGUGCUAUCGAAAUCAUCGAUGAACUUAUCUCGCUUGAUAUCAAUACUCCCGCACACAAACUCCUUUCUUCCGAUCCAGCACAGGCUUACCAACUCGCUCUGCGCUUUAAUCUGACCAAGACCAAAGCUGCGGCUGCACCACUUAUCAUGGCCAAAGGGGUUGACUUUUGCAACCUAGACAAUAUUGCGGACCUUACUCAAAAGUAUUCUUUGCUAGGACUGGCUUGCCUGAUGAACAUUCAAGCAAUGCGAGCAAAGUUACUUUCAGACGUGUUGCUUAGAUUUGAUUGGGCGCCCAUUAAGCCAACCAGGCCCAAUUUCGAUAUGUACUACGGGCUAUCCUGUAGCCCAUGUCAAACCAAUAAAUACAAGUCAGAAUCGUUUAAAUCAACUCCGCCUUUGUGGGCGCUUGCUUGGUUGAGGCUUGUAUACAAGACCUUGGCCACUUCCUCCAAACCACUCGAAAAAUACAAUUACCUAUUCCAAUCAGCAAUCUUAAAAAAAUUUCAAGAGAAGGGGGAUGUUUGUCAAAGAUGCUUGGGCGAUUUCAAGCGGGUUGACCAGCAAAAUUCAACUUUUGAGGCAUGGGCUCAGGGAAUAAAGAGAAUCCUGGAAAUACAAUUAGCCCGCUUGAAACUGGUGUAUGCACUCUGA